AUGACCCGUGUAAAUCAUCGUUGGAAUGCUCUUGCACUCCCGGUACUAUACGAAACUGUCAUCAUCGGCUGUUAUGGUACCAAUGCGGCGGAAUCGGAGGCAGCUAUUCGACAUGUCAAUGGCGUUACAUUUCCCAACAGGGGGGAUCAUAAACUAAAGCUUGUCCAACAUAUAAGGCUCUAUACUUCUUCACACUACCUUUCGCCAAGGGGUGUUACUGUGCACGAAUUCUCGAACAUCAAGACUUUGACUUUAUUUUCUCUGGACCGCAACUGUCACCAGGAGUCUUACUACCGAAUGUUAUACUCUGUCGUGAUGCAAAAUUUACAAAGUAUACAUAUAGGAUUACGGUGUGAAGCAGCUGAACUACAAUUUCCAAAACUGUUCAGCGCGAGCUGUGUGCUUCAAGGUCUACCGAAACUUGAAAUGAUUCGAUACAGCCGCUUGAGAACGAAGAGCGAGAUUGCAAGAAUGGGCGAGGCUUCUGAUGAAGAGGUGGUUGUUGAAGAUGCGCUUGGUGGCGGUGCGUUGGUGGGUAAAUAUGAUGGAACUAUGACAUCCAGCCAGGUUUUUUCAAACUAUAUUCACCACCUCUCAACUCUACCUCAUCUCAAAACCAUAGAUCUGGACCUUGGCAUUACCCCCGACUCAUUUGUUGACCUUCGAGGCAGCCUACCAAGCAGUUUCAAUAUCCUUUCCGAAUUUCUCAAGACGAGAGAAACUCAAAACACCAAGAUGAAUCGCGAGAAAAAACUGAUGCUUUUCUCAAAAACCCAAUUUAAUGAGCUCGUCAAAGACUUCACCGACGAAAUUACCCGCCGGAAUACUCGCUCUUCAGAUGGUCAUGCUUUGACAAGCCAUCUUCAACCCGUUGACGAAUACUCACACAAACGAAAUCAGAUCGUACCCACAAUUGUCGGUACCGGGGUGCGAUUAUUGCGUGUGCUACCAAAGGAAAAACGCCAUCCAGGGUUGGUGCAAGCUCUUCGUGACAUGCAAGUAUACUGCACUACCCUGAUGUACGAGAGCUUAGCCGAGUACGGAAUGGACAAAGUUGAAAGGCUUCGUAUCAGAAUGGGCCUUGAUGGACCGUGGAUGGAAAUACUUAUCCGUCGGGACGAGGAAAGUUCCGAAGUGGAGGUUGUGACGUUGUUUUCGGAUUUGGUUAUUCCGGAAGAGCUUGAGAAUAUGCUACCCGUUGGGCAGCGAUGGGGAUGUUAUGCGAUGUAUCGAAAUAAUAAGAGGACAGUUGAUAGCUGUGCUUUGUUGGAAUUUAAAGGGGAAAGGUGGUGUCCUGUUACCCAGUACAUUUAG